CUGAGAGACAGUACUUCCUCCACUCCAACUCCUCCACCUGGGAACAGGCCAGACUACACUGCCAGGUAGAACACUAAGAUAUGGAAACAACUUUAUUGUCCCCAUGGGACACUUUUCCUGAACACAGACUUGUUGUACGCAAUAUAAACCAGCGGUGGGCAAUUCGUGUGUGCAGGCUUUUCUCCAACCCAACCUAGCUUUAAAACACCUGGUUAAACCAGUGACUCGAUUGAGGACAAUGAUUAGAUGUUGUUAUCAAAUAUUAGUGCUGGACUGGAACAGAAGCCUGCACACAUUGUGGCCCUCUAGGACCAGUACUGACCCUAUAUACCUAAUAUGAUCCUUGUCCUGUUAGGCGUGCUACAAAGAGAUGGUGAGCCUGACCCCUGACAACAUCCAGCAACUUGCCCAGAACCUGAACUCUUCUUACUGGAUCGGCCUCCGCAAAACCCUGAACAACGGCUCCUUCCCCUGGUCGAGCUGGUCCAACGGAGACCCCGUCACCUUCCAGAACUGGUACCCCGGUCGCCCCAUACUCUCCAAGCCCAAAGACCCUGUGAACAAUAUCUUUAACUACAACAACUACUCCAUCCCUCCCAAUGACUGUGGGUGUUGCUGCCCCAGUCAGAGCAACCCUGCCAGUGUUCCCCUGACAUCUACUACAGAUUACUCUUUCACAGAGAAUGAAAACAUGACUGCAUUAUCAACGAUGACACCAGACGUGACAACAAUGACAUCUGUCAUGACUAGUGGACCAACGUUCUUUACGGGAGUUACUGGUGGGACCAAUGGGACCAAUGGGACGAAUGAAACUGCGACAGACGUGUACAUUGAGGAGCCUUGCAUAGCCCUGCUCAGUUUCGGACUUUGGUUUGAUAAAAUCUGCUCAGAGCUUCUUCCCUAUAUCUGCUAUGAAGGUAGGGGGUCUCCGUUUAUUUAAAAAAAUUACAAUGUUUAUAAUUUAGUGCGAUGAUGUUCUGGGAAGUUGACUGAGAUCUUGAUGUUGGGGAUGUAAUACUUACUGGUAAACAUGUUGAUGUGUUUUCUCUUACCCCUCACCCCAACCCACACCAAUCAACAACCACAUCUCACCUGUGUAUGUAGACCGUUUCUAUGGUAAUGCCAACAUAACCAACAAGACACUACACAACGCGACUCUGAGCUGGACACGUGGGCCCGGUGACAUCAGCGGAUACAGGGUGGAGGUCAAGUCCACUGACUACAACCUGACCUUAAACCACAGCAGCCUGAACCGGACCUACGACCUUUCCAACCUCACUGCCGGCACCCAGUACAGAGUCCAGGUGUUCCCCAUUAAGUGUUGGAGGGACCUCAACCCACAGAACGUCUCCUUCUACACCAGUGAAUAUGGGGAAUACCACUAAUAUCAAAUGUCACUGUUGAAUAGGGCCACUACAACUACUGUUGCUGCUAAUGCUAAAAGCACUAUUAUUGCUAGUACUGCUACUGUACAACUACUACUAAUACUUGUAGUAGUAGAGAUCCUAGAUAGAUAGAUAGAUAUCUAUGUGUAGAUGGUUAUUUGGAUAUUGGUGUAACAAUGUUAAGACAUCGAUAUCAAUGAUGAUGAUUAUGCUGACUACUGAUUAUUAAUUCUCUCUCAGAGCCUGACGUGAUCAAAUACAUCAACAUCACCAACGUCUCAGAAACAAAUAUCUUCCUGUCCUGGCCCGCUCCUGAGGGCAACCGUGGCUUCUACUCCAUUCAGGUGAGGGAUCAACCCAACCUGAACAUGAACACACGCACAGAGAGCGCUGAGGUCAAAGGCCUGAUACCAGGAGGGUUGUACAUGUUUGAGGUCAACGCCAAUGUGGAGGACAUGUCCAUCGAGGGAGAUCAAACGAAUAUCACCUCCUACAGCAGUAAGUUAGAUCACUGUUGUUGUUUUUGCUAUGCAAAUGUUUAACUGGUUUCCUAGAGGAACGUUUCCAUAGGGGAAACUGUAAAUAUUACUUUCUGUUUCAAAUUCCAUUUUAAUUUCAUUCCAUUGAGAAAGUUAAUGUAAUUUGAAUUGAAAGGUCAGUUUCAUACAUUCAUAUUUGCAUUGUCAGUGCAGCUCUCUCUCUCUCACACACACACACACACACAGACACACACACACACACACACACCCACACACACACACACACACACAGUGUUCUCUUCUUUCCCCUACAGAGCCAGGAAAGGUGUCUAACUUAAAAGCGUCUGCUUCUACUAAAGACAGUGUCGACUUCCAAUGGAAACAGCCCGCAGGGAACACCUCUGGGUACAGAGUGGAAGUCUGGGUAGAAGAAAAUAACAAGUAGGCUACUAUAGAAUGUUAUCAAGUAUGUAGGUUACUAUAGAACUAUUAUCAAGUAUGAAGGCUACUAUAGAACGUUAUCAAGUACGUGGGCUACUAUAGAAUGUUAGAGUAUGUAGUUUACUAUAAAACGUUAUCAAGUAUGUAAGCUACUAUAGAACGUUAUCAAGUAUGUAAGCUACUAUAGAACGUUAGCAAGUAUGUAGGUUGGAACUCAGGACUCCCUGGAAAAUUGUGGCAAUUGAUACUGGGUGCAGUAUCCUGGCUAAAUAAAUAAAAUGAAUGAGACUAUUAUAGAAACGUAAUCAAGUAUGUAGGCUAUUAUCGAACAUUAACAAGUCGUAGCCCAAAACAAACGCAUGCCAUCUGACUAUCUACUGCUAAUGUUUUCAUAAAUAAAUAGACUCAGCUGUGGGAUUAUGGGAACAAUUCACAUAGAAAUGUAAUGUAUAGAACACACUCCAUUGUCCUGCUAUAUGGAACAGAGAACAGUCUCUAAUCUAUAUGACAAGGAUGCAUGUGAACAGGAUUGACACAAGGCCAUUGUUUAUUUUAUUUAUAGGACGCGGUCCAACAUAACCCAGAAGACUCAGACAGGCACGAAUUUUACGGCUAAGAACCUGCCGUCAGGUGCCAAGAUCUGGCUGAGCGUGGUGGCACUGGUGCCGGACGGAUCGGUGGAGGGAGAACUCAGUGCUGCGAUGGGCCUCACCAGUGAGUUUGGACAGAUGAUAAUGGUGUAGGGUGAAAUUGCCCCUAGACACACUGAUUGGGGGUCAGUUUUGCAUUUCCCCCACUAAUGGUUAAGGUUAGGAUUGGGGGAGGGGAAGCUGAUCCUAGACCUGAACCUAGGGGAAACUUCUCCCCGGAGCGACGAUAAUGUGGCAUUAGUUCAUUGAGCGGAUGGUUGAUUGGUUGGUUGAUUGGUUGGGUGGUUGCUUGGGUGGUUGGUUGAUUGGUUGGGUGGUUGAUUGGGUAGUUGAUUUAUUGGUUGGUUGAAUGGUAAGGUGAAUAGUAUCUUUGUGAAUGGUGUAUAAUAACUGUAUAUUAUCAUAGCAAUAGCCUAAUCAUUUCUCGCGACCAUUAUUAUUUUCUCAAUUUGUCACUUUAAUAUCUUUCCCUUGCUCCCCCAUAGCUCCAGAUAAAGUUAGGAACUUACUGCUGGUACCUACUGCGGACACCAUCAAUGUGACCUGGACACUACCUCAGGGAAACUUCGAGACCUUCAGUGUUCAGCUCAAGCUGAACUUCUCUAACAAGGAAGUGGAAAACAGUAUUACAAAUGCCAGUCACAUUUCCUUCCCCAAACUGAUGGCAGGAGUCGCAUAUAAUGUGACAGUCACCACUCUGAAUGGGAAUCUCAAGAGUGAACCAGAGAGCGUCACAAAUUUCACUCGUGAGUUAUUAGUUAACCUUUCUCUCUCGCUCUUUGAAUAGACGAACACAUUCCAUCAAUAUUGAUACAUAGCUGUAGUAUAAAAAUACAAGAAGAUAGAAAUGUAUAAUUUUUAUUGUUGACAUCUAAUCAAUAUUAUUCUUAACCAUGUACAGUACAUUGUCAAAGGGCAACAGCUGAGGUAAAUUUCAAAAGCUUUUGAACUUUGAGAGGUUUUGAACUUUGAGAUGUAUGGUUUAAGUCACUCCUCUCUACUCUUUUUCCCAUAGUUCCUCUCCCACCGAAAUCAGCCAAAAUCAAUUUCUUCAAUAACAGUCAUGUCAACCUGACAUGGCAAGCCCCCACGGGUGUACAAGAUGUACAAAUAACGUACCUGGUGAAAUACAGUGCUGAAUUCUGGAACGAUACGGAGAUACAUGAGACGACCAACACCAGCUAUAUGUUUCUUAAGUUGAAGGCUGGGACCAAUUACAUCUUCGAAGUACGAGUGAAGGCGGGAACCCAGGAAAGCGAUCCCAUCCAAACAUCACAGACCACAAGUAAAUUACUCACCGUAUCAGGCAUAUUUACAUAUUUACAUGUCGCUGAAAUAUCUUGCUUACAGAUCUAAUAAUGUUCGGUGACAAUGUUUGUUGUGGGUGACCUUUAUUUUUAUCACUCCCUUACAUUACAUCUUAACUCGCAUGGGUCUCUCUCUGUCUAUUCUCUCUUUCCCCCUCUCUCUUUGCCAGAUGCUACGGUGAGGGUUCAAACUAUGACUAUGGAAUGUGCCUCCAGCAAACCUUCCUUCUGUGAGGAUAUCGGCGCACGGACAGAGGUCUUGAAACAGGUGAGGUCAUCAUCACAACAUCCUCCAAUCACAUUACAUUCAUCAGCAGAUCCUCCAAUCACAUUACAUUAAUCACCAGAUCCUCCAAUCACAUUACAUUCAUCACCAGAUCCUCCAAUCACAUUACAUUCAUCACCAAAUCCUCCAAUCACAUUUAAUUCAUCGCCACAUCCUCCAAUUACAAUUGUAUAUUGUAGUAAUUUUUAGCAGCUGCCCCUAUCCAGAGCCACUUACAAUUAAUUGGUAAGUCAACCACAUAACAAGAUAAUUGCUUUAAAAAUAUUUUUUAAAAAAGCUGCAAUGAGCAACAGUAGUUCUAGUGAGAACAUAGAGAAAAAAAUAUGUAUAGAAGUUCAGUGUCAGAUGUUUUUCCCCAUCACAUACAGAAUAUACAGACAGAAUAAAUCAAAUGGAAUGUAUUGUCUAACACGUUGAAUACAAAACUAGUUUUUUUUCUGUAUUUUUAUGUCUGUACUUUUUUUGUUACAGUUGCAGGAACGUUUCAGCAAGACGUUCAGCAGCAAGGUUCAAGAUAACAGCAGUUGGGUAAAUAACGUGUUCUGGGAAUUAGCGUGGCGAGAGGCAUAAUUGCACACACACACUUGUACAGGUCAUCAUCUAUUCAAUAUCAUUUCUUAGUUAAGAUUAAGAUAAAUUGUAUUUUGAUUACUUAAAAAAUUAUAACGUGAUAAAUGAAGAGUUACAGUGGGGGAAAAAAGUAUUUAGUCAGCCACCAAUUGUGCAAGUUCUCCCACUUAAAAAGAUGAGAGAGGCCUGUAAAUUUCAUCAUAGGUACACGUCAACUAUGACAGACAAAUUGAGAUUGUUUUUCUCCAGAAAAUCACAUUGUAGGAUUUUUAAUGAAUUUAUUUGCAAAUUAUGGUGGAAAAUAAGUAUUUGGUCACCUACAAACAAGCAAGAUUUCUGGCUCUCACAGACCUGUAACUUCUUCUUUAAGAGGCUCCUCUGUCCUCCACUCGUUACCUGUAUUAAUGGCACCUGUUUGAACUUGUUAUCAGUAUAAAAGACACCUGUCCACAACCUCAAACAGUCACACUCCAAACUCCACUAUGGCCAAGACCAAAGAGCUGUCAAAGGACACCAUAAACAAAAUUGUAGACCUACACCAGGCUGGGAAGACUGAAUCUGCAAUAGGUAAGCAGCUUGGUUUGAAGAAAUCAACUGUGGGAGCAAUUAUUAGGAAAUGGAAGACAUACAAGACCACUGAUAAUCUCCCUCGAUCUGGGGCUCCACGCAAGAUCUCACCCCGUGGGGUCAAAAUGAUCACAAGAACGGUGAUCAAAAAUCCCAGAACCACACGGGGGGACCUAGUGAAUGACCUGCAGAGAGCUGGGACCAAAGUAACAAAUCCUACCAUCAGUAACACACUACGCCGCCAGGGACUCAAAUCCUGCAGUGCAAGACGUGUCCCCCUGCUUAAGCCAGUACAUGUCCAGGCCCGUCUGAAGUUUGCUAGAGUGCAUUUGGAUGAUCCAGAAGAGGAUUGGGAGAAUGUCAUAUGGUCAGAUGAAACCAAAAUAGAAGUUUUUGGUAAAAACUCAACUCGUCGUGUUUGGAGGACAAAGAAUGCUGAGUUGCAUCCAAAGAACACCAUACCUACUAUGAAGCAUGGGGUGGAAACAUCAUGCUUUGGGGCUGUUUUUCUGCCAAGGGACCAGGACGACUGAUCCGUGUAAAGGAAAGAAUGAAAACCUCCUUCCAUCAGCAAGGGCAUUGAAGAUGAAACGUGGCUGGGUCUUUCAGCAUGACAAUGAUCCCAAACACACCGCCCGGGCAAUGAAGGAGUGGCUUCGUAAGAAGCAUUUCAAGGUCCUGGAGUUGAAAAUCCGUGUUGCCCAGCGACAGCCCCAAAACAUCACUGCUCUAGAGGAGAUCUGCAUGGAGGAAUGGGCCAAAAUACCAGCAACAGUGUGUGAAAACCUUGUGAAGACUUACAGAAAACGUUUGACCUGUGUCAUUGCCAACAAAGGGUAUAUAACAAAGUAUUGAGAAACUUUUGUUAUUGACCAAAUACUUAUUUUCCACCAUAAUUUGCAAAUAAAUUCAUAAAAAAUCCUACAAUGUGAUUUUCUGGAUUUUUUUUCUCAUUUUGUCUGUCAUAGUUGACGUGUACCUAUGAUGAAAAUUACAGGCCUCUCUCAUCUUUUUAAGUGGGAGAACUUGCACAAUUGGUGGCUGACUAAAUACUUUUUUCCCCACUGUAGAUGUGUGCCAAUAAUUUAUAUGUUUUGAAUUUCUUGUCUUGUGUAGCUAUCCUUGUCUUGCUUGUUUUCGGAUGUAAUUAUUGUAUUUUCUACUAAUAUAGUGAGGUGAAAAAGUAUUUGAUCCCCUGCUGAUUUUGUACGUUUGCCCACUGACAAAGACAUGAUCAGUCUAUAAUUUCAAUGGUAGGUUUAUUUGAACAGUGAGAUACAGAAUAACAAAAAAUUCCAGAAAAACUAAUUUCAAAAAAGUUAUAAAUUGAUUUGCAUUUUACAUUUACAUUUACAUCAUUUAGCAGACACUCUUAUCCAGAGCGACUUACAAAUUGGUGCAUUCACCUUAUAGCCAGUGGGAUAACCACUACAAUAUUAUUUUAUUUAUUUAUUUAUUUUUGGGUGGGGUAAGUGGGGGUAGAAGGAUUACUUUAUCCUAUCCCAGGUAUUCCUUAAAGAGGUGGGGUUUCAAGUGUCUCCGGAAGGUGGUGAGUGACUCCGCUGUCCUGGCGUCGUGAGGGAGCUUGUUCCACCAUUGGGGUGCCAAAGCCGCGAACAGUUUUGACUGGGCUGAGCGGGAACUGUGCUUCCGCAGAGGUAGGGGGGCCAGCAGGCCAGAGGUGGAUGAACGCAAUGCCCUCGUUUGGGUGUAGUGACUGAUCAGAGCCUGAAGGUACGGAGGUGCCGUUCCCCUCACAGCUCCGUAGGCAAGCACCAUGGUCUUGUAGCAGAUGCGAGCUUCAACUGGAAGCCAGUGGAGUGUGCGGAGGAGCGGGGUGACGUGAGAGAACUUGGGAAGGUUGAACACCAGACGGGCUGCGGCAUUCUGGAUGAGUUGUAGGGGUUUAAUGGCACAGGCAGGGAGCCCAGCCAACAGCGAGUUGCAGUAAUCCAGACGGGAGAUGACAAGUGCCUGGAUUAGGACCUGUGCCGCUUCCUGUGUAAGGCAGGGUCGUACUCUCUGAAUGUUGUAGAGCAUGAACCUAUAGGAUAGGGUCACCGCCUUGAUGUUAGCGGAGAACGACAUGGUGUUGUCCAGGGUCACGCCAAGGCUCUUCGCACUCUGGGAGGAGGACACAACGGAGUUGUCAACCGUGAUGGCGAGAUCAUGGAACGGGCAGUCCUUCCCCGGGAGGAAGAGCAGCUCUGUCUUGCCGAGGUUCAGCUUGAGGUGGUGAUCCGUCAUCCACACUGAUAUGUCUGCCAGACAUGCAGAGAUGCGAUUCGCCACCUGGUUAUCAGAAGGGAGAAAGGAGAAGAUUAGUUGUGUGUCGUCUGCGUAGCAAUGAUAGGAGAGGCCAUGUGAGGAUAUGACAGAGCCACGUGACUUGGUGUAUAGCGAGAAUAGGAGAGGGCCUAGAACUGAGCCCUGGGGGACACCAGUGGUGAGAGCACGUGGUGCGGAGACAGAUUCUCGCCACGCCACUUGUUAGGACCGACCGGUCAGGUAGGACGCAAUCCAAGAGUGAGCCGCGCCGGAGAUGCCCAGCUCGGAGAGGAUGGAGAGGAGGAUCUGAUGGUUCACAGUAUCAAAGGCAGCAGACAGGUCUAGAAGGACAAGAGCAGAGAGAGAGUUAGCUUUAGCAGUGCGGAGAGCCUCCGUGACACAGAGAAGGGCAGUCUCAGUUGAAUGACCAGUCUUGAUAGGGUCAAGCGGGUAGGUUGGGUCAAGCGGGCAGGUUGUUGGGUGGCCGGCCGUCACAGGUCGCAAGAUUUUAUCUGGAGAGAGAGGGGAGAAAGAAGUCAAAGCAUAGGGUAGGGCAGUGUGAGCAGGACCAGCAGUGUCAUUUGACUUAACAAACGAGGAUCGGAUGUCGUCAACCUUCUUUUCAAAAUGGUUGACGAAGUCAUCCACAGGGGGGGGGGGAUUCAGCAGGGAGGAGAAGGUGGCAAAGAGCUUCCUAGGGUUAGAGGCAGAUGCUUGGAAUUUAGAGUGGUAGAAAGUGGCUUUAGCAGCAGAAACAGAUGAAGAAAAUGUAGAGAGGAGGGAGUGAAAAGAUGCCAGGUCCACAGGGAGUCUAGUUUUCCUCCAUUUCCGCUCGGCUGCCCGGAGCCCUGUUCUGUGAGCUCGCAAUGAGUCAUCAAGCCACGGAGCAGGAGGGGAGGAUCGAGCCGGCCGGGAGGAUAGGGGACAUAGAGAGUCAAAUGAUGCAGAAAGGGAGGAGAGGAGGGUUGAGGAGGCAGAAUCAGGAGAUUGGAGGGAGAAGGAUUGAGCAGAGGGAAGAGAUGAUAGGAUGGAAGAGGAGAGAGUAGCGGGAGAGCGAAGGUUGCGGCGGCGCAUUACCAUCUGAGUAGGGGCAGAGUGAGUAGUGUUGGAGGAGAGCGAGAGAGAAAAGGAUACAAAGUAGUGGUCGGAGACAUGGAGGGGAGUUGCAGUGAGAUUAGUAGAAGAACAGCAUCUAGUAAAGAUGAGGUCAAGCGUAUUGCCUGCCUUGUGAGUAGGGGUGGACGGUGAGAGGGUGAGGUCAAAAGAGGAGAGGAGUGGAAAGAAGGAGGCAGAGAGAAAUUAGUCAAAGGUAGACGUAGGUAGGUUGAAGUCACCCAGAACUGUGAGGGGUGAGCCAUCCUCAGGAAAGGAACUUAUCAAGGCGUCAAGCUCAUUGAUGAACUCUCCAAGGGAACCUGGAGGGCGAUAAAUGACAAGGAUGUUAAGCUUGAAUGGGCUAGUGACUGUGACAGCAUGGAAUUCAAAUGAGGAUAUAGACAGAUGGGUCAGGGGAAAAAGAGAGAAUGUCCACUUGGGAGAGAUGAGGAUUCCUGUGCCACCACCCCGCUGACCAGAUGCUGUCGGGGUAUGCGAGAACACAUGGUCAGACGAGGAGAGAGCAGUAGGAGUAGCAGUGUUUUCAGUGGUAAUCCAUGUUUCCGUCAGCGCCAAGAAGUCGAGGGACUGGAGGGUAGCAUAGGCUGAGAUGAACUCUGCCUUGUUGGUAGCAGAGCGGCAGUUCCAGAGGCUGCCUGAGACCUGGAACUCCACGUGGGUGGUGCGUGCAGGGACCACCAGGUUAGAGAGGCAGCAGCCACGCGGUGUGAGGCGUUUGUAUGGCCUGUGCGGAGAGGAGAGAACAGGGAUAGACAGAGGCAUAGUGGACAGGCUACAGAAAAUGGCUACAAUAAUGCAAAGGAGAUCGGAAUGAAAUGAACUAAACAUCUGGGAAAGGAGAGAGCGGGAGAGCAGCAUUUUAAUGAGGGAAAUAAGUAUUUGACCCCCUCUCAAUCAGAAAGAUUUCUGACUCCCAGGUGUCUUUUAUACAGGUAACGAGCUGAGAUUAAGAGCACACUCUUAAAGGGAGUGCUCCUAAUCUCAGCUUGUUACCUGUAUAAAAUACACCUGUCCACAGAAGCAAUCAAUCAAUCAGAUUCCAAACUCUCCACCAUGGCCAAGACCAAAGAACUCUCCAAGGAUGUCAGGGACAAGAUUGUAGAGCUACACAAGGCUGGAAUGGGCUACAAGACCAUCGCCAAGCAGCUUGGUGAGAAGGUGACAACAGUUGGUGCAAUUAUUCGCAAAUGGAAGAAACACAAAAUAACUGUCAAUCUCCCUGGAAUGCUGCCUAUGACCCCAAGAACACCAUCCCCACCGUCAAACAUGGAGGUGGAAAUAUUAUGCUUUGGGGGUGUUUUUCUGCUAAGGGGACAGGACAACUUCACCGCAUCAAAGGGACGAUGGACGGGGCCAUGUACCGUCAAAUCUUGGGUGAGAACCUCCUUCCCUAAGCCAGGGCAUUGAAAAUGGGUCGUGGAUGGGUAUUCCAGCAUGACAAUGACCCAAAACACACGGCCAAGGCAACAAAGGAGUGGCUCAAGAAGAAGCACAUUAAGGUCCUGGAGUGGCCUAGCCAGUCUCCAGACCUUAAUCCCAUAGAAAAUCUGUGGAGGGAGCUGAAGGUUCGAGCUGCCAAACGUCAUUCUCGAAACCUUAAUGACUUGGAGAAGAUCUGCAAAGACGAGUGGAACAAAAUCCCUCCUGAGUUUUGCCACCAAGUACUAAGUCAUGUUUUGCAGAGGGGUCAAAUACUUAUUUCCCUCAUUUAAAUGCAAAUCAAUUCAUAACAUUUUUUACAUGCAUUUUUUUGGAUUUUUGUUGUUGUUAUUCUGUCUCUCACUGUUCAAAUAAACCUACCAUUAAAAUUAUAGACUGAUCAUGUCUUUGUCAGUGGGCAAACAUACAAAAUCAGCAGGGGAUCAAAUACUUUUUCCCUCACUGUACAUUUUAGUUAGAUAUUUUCUCUGACCAAUUGUCUAAAUGAAUGAAUAAAAGUCUGACUGUGUCUUGGUGUGGAGAAAAAAAUGUGUUUGGUUUUUUGUGUGUGUAAAAUUAGUGUUUUCUCUAAAACUAGGUAUUUGCAUCUCAAUCAAGAAGGCACCUGAUGUUGAGGACAAAAAUGUGUUGGAAGUUGGUUAUUCAAUUUAACUAAACAUCUUUGCUGGAGACCCCCAGGAACCAUGUAACGUAAUAUAUAUAUAUAUAUAUAUAUAUAUAUAUAUAUAUAUAUAUAUAUAUAUGUUUUGGUUGGUCAGCCAUGUUAGGCGGGGCAGUGGAUGACUUUUGUACCAAAUAGCAAUUGAUAGCAGCAUGAAUUUGUGCUUUGUAGGGGGUUUAUUGAAUCUAAGAUUAUACGGUUGCUCAAUGUUGAAGAUUGAAUUGUUUUGAAUGAAAUUAAUCAGAUCCGUUGAUUUCCUGCCUAUUUUAUUUUGUAUUUAUUUCACCUUUAUUUAACCAGGUAAGCCAGUUGAGAACAAGUUCUCAUUUACAACUGCGACCUGGCCAAGAUAAAGCAAAGCAGUGCGAUUAAAAACAACAACACAGUUAUGGGGUAAACAAAACAUAAAGUCAAAAAUACAAACAGAAAAUAUAUAUACAGUGUGUGCGAAUGUAGUAAGUUACGGAGGUAAGGCAAUAAAUAGGCCAUAGUGCAAAAUAGUUAAAAUUUCGUAUUAACACUGGAAUGAUAGAUGUGCAAAAGAUGAUGUGCAAAUAGAGAUACUGGGGUGCAAAUUAGCAAAAUAAAUAACAAUAUGGGGAUGAGGUAGUUGGGUGGACUAAUUUCAGAAUGGCUGUGUACAGGUGCAGUGAUCAGUAAGCUGCUCUGACAACUGAUGCUUAAAGUUAUUGAGGGAGAUAAGAGUCUCCAGCUUCAGAGAUUUUUGCAGUUCGUUCCAGUCAUUAGCAGCAGAGAACUGGAAGGAAUGGCGGCCAAAGAAGGUGUUGGCUUUGGGGAUGACCAGUGAGAUAUACCUGCUGGAGCGCAGACUACGUGUGGGUGUUGCUAUGGUGACCAGUGAGCUAAGGUAAGACGGGGAUUUGCCUAGCAGUGAUUUAUAGAUGACCUGGAGCCAGUGGGUUUGGCGACGAAUAUGUAGUGAGGGCCAGCCAACAAAAGCGUACAGGUCACAAUGGUGGGUAGUAUAUGGGGCUUUGGUGACAAAACGGAUGGCACUGUGAUAGACUACAUCCAAUUUGCUGAGUAGAGUGUUGGAGGCUAUUUUGUAAAUUACAUCGCCGAAGUCAAGGAUCGGUAGGAUAGUCAGUUUUACGAGGGCAUGUUUGGCAGCAUGAGUGAAGGAGGCUUUAUUGCGAAAUAGGAAGCCGAUUCUAGAUCUAACUUUUGAUUGGAGAUGCUUAAUGUGAGUCUGGAAGGAGAGUUUACAGUCUAACCAGACACCUAGGUAUUUGUAGUUGUCCACAUACUCUAGGUCAGACCCGCCGAGAGUAGUGAUUCUAGUCGGGUGGGCGGGUGCAAGCAGCGUUCGGUUGAAGAGCAUGCAUUUAGUUUUACUAGUGUUUAAGAGCAUUUGGAGGCUACUAAAGGAGUGUUGUAUGGCGUUGAAGCUCAUUUGGAGGUUUGUUAACACAGUGUCCAAUGAAGGGCCAGAUGUAUACAAAAUGGUGUCCGCAUAGAGGUGGAUCCGAGCUUCACCAGCAGCAAGAGCGACAUCAUUGACAUACACAGAGAAUAGAGUCGGCCCGAGAAUUGAGGGGGGAGAGAAUUCUCGAUUAUUGUAGAUUUAUCGGUGGUGACAGUGUUUCCUAGCCUCAGUGCAGUGGGCAGUUGGGAGGAGGUGCUCUUAUUUUCCAUGGACUUUACAGUGUCCCAAAGCCUUUUGGAGUUAGUGCUACAGGAUGAACAUUUCUGUUUGAAAAAGCUAGCCUUUGCUUUCCUAACUGAUUGUGUAUAUUGGUUCCUGACUUCUCUGAAAAGUUGCAUAUCGCGGGGGCUGUUCGAUGCUAAUGCAGUACGCCACAGGAUGCUUUUGUGCUGGUCAAGGGCAGUCAAGUCUGAGGAGAACCAGAAGCUAUAUCUGUUCUUAGUUCUGACUUUUUUGAAUGGGGCAUGCUUAUUUAAGAUUGAGAGGAAAGCACUUUUAAAGAACAACCAGGCAUCCUCUACUGACGGAAUGUGGUCAAUAUCCAUCCAGGAUACCCGGGCCAGGUCAAUUAGAAAGGCCUGCUCGCUAAAGUGUUUUAGGGAGCGUUUGACAGUGAUGAGGGGUGGUCGUUUGACCGCGGACCCAUUACGGACGCAGGCAAUGAGGCAGUGAUCGCUGAGAUCCUGGUUGAAGACAGCGGAGGUGUAUUUAGAGGGUACAUUUGUCAGGAUGAUAUCUAUGAGGGUGCCCAUGUUUACAGAUGUAGGGUUGUACCUGGUAGGUUCGUUGAUAAUUUGUGUGAGAUUGAGGGCAUCUAGUUUAGAUUUUAGGUUGGCCGGGGUGUUAAGCAUAUCCCAGUUUAGGUCACCAAGCAGUACGAACUCUGAGGAUAGAUGGGGGGCAAUCAGUUCACAUAUGGUGUCCAGGGCACAGCUCGGGGCUGAGGGGGGUCUGUAGCAAGCGGCAACAGUGAGAGACUUAUUUCUGGAAAGGUGGAUUCUUAGAAGUAGAAGCUCGAACUGUUUGGGCACAGACCUGGAUAGUACGAUAGAGCUCUGCAGGCUAUCUCUACAGUAGAUUGCAACCCCACCCCCUUUGGCAGUUCUAUCGAGACAGAAAAUGUUGUAGUUAGGGAUGGACAUUUCUGAAUUUUUGGUGGCCUUCCUAAGCCAGGAUUCAGACACUGCUAGAACAUCAGGGUUGGCGGAGUGUGCUAACGCAGUGAAUAACUCAAACUUAGGGAGGAGGCUUCGGAUGUUAACGUGCAAGAAACCAAUGCUUUUACGGUUACAGAAGUCAACAAAUGAUAAUGCCUGGGGAGUAGGAGUGAUACUGGGGGCUACAGGGCCUGGAUUAACCUCUACAUCACCAGAGGAACAGAGGAGGAGUAGAAUAAGGAUACGGCUAAAGGCUUUAAGUACUGGUCUUCUAGUGCGUUGGGUACAGAGAAAAAAAGGGGCAGGUUUCCGGGCAUUGUAGAAUAGAUAUACAGUGGGGGAAAAAAGUAUUUAGUCAGCCACCAAUUGUGCAAGUUCUCCCACUUAAAAAGAUGAGAGAGGCCUGUAAUUUUCAUCAUAGGUACACGUCAACUAUGACAAACAAAUUGAUUUAAAAAAAAUAAUAAUCACAUUGUAGGAUUUUUAAUGAAUUUAUUUGCAAAUUAUGGUGGAAAAUAAGUAUUUGGUCACCUACAAACAAGCAAGAUUUCUGGCUCUCACAGACCUGUAACUUCUUCUUUAAGAGGCUCCUCUGUCCUCCACUCGUUACCUGUAUUAAUGGCACCUGUUUGAACUUGUUAUCAGUAUAAAAGACACCUGUCCACAACCUCAAACAGUCACACUCCAAACUCCACUAUGGCCAAGACCAAAGAGCUGUCAAAGGACACCAGAAACAAAAUUGUAGACCUGCACCAGGCUGGGAAGACUGAAUCUGCAAUAGGUAAGCAGCUUGGUUUGAAGAAAUCAACUGUGGGAGCAAUUAUUAGGAAAUGGAAGACAUACAAGACCACUGAUAAUCUCCCUCGAUCUGGGGCUCCACGCAAGAUCUCACCCCCUGGGGUCAAAAUGAUCACAAGAACGGUGAGCAAAAAUCCCAGAACCACACGGGGGGACCUAGUGAAUGACCUGCAGAGAGCUGGGACCAAAGUAACAAAGCCUACCAUCAGUAACACACUACGCCGCCAGGGACUCAAAUCCUGCAGUGCCAGACGUGUCCCCCUGCUUAAGCCAGUACAUGUCCAGGCCCGUCUGAAGUUUGCUAGAGUGCAUUUGGAUGAUCCAGAAGAGGAUUGGGAGAAUGUCAUUUGGUCAGAUGAAACCAAAAUAUAACUUUUUGGUAAAAACUCAACUCGUCGUGUUUGGAGGACAAAGAAUGCUGAGUUGCAUCCAAAGAACACCAUACCUACUGUGAAGCAUGGGGGUGGGAACUUCAUGCUUUGGGGCUGUUUUUCUGCAAAGGGACCAGGACGACUGAUCCGUGUAAAGGAAAGAAUGAAUGGGGCCAUGUAUCGUGAGAUUUUGAGUGAAAACCUCCUUCCAUCAGCAAGGGCAUUGAAGAUUAAACGUGGCUGGGUCUUUCAGCAUGACAAUGAUCCCAAACACACCGCCCGGGCAACGAAGGAGUGGCUUCGUAAGAAGCAUUUCAAGGUCCUGGAGUGGCCUAGCCAGUCUCCAGAUCUCAACCCCAUAGAAAAUCUUUGGAGGGAGUUGAAAGUCCGUGUUGCCCAGCGACAGCCCCAAAACAUCACUGCUCUAGAGGAGAUCUGCAUGGAGGAAUGGGCCAAAAUACCAGCAACAGUGUGUGAAUACCUUGUGAAGACUUACAGAAAACGUUUGACCUGUGUCAUUGCCAACAAAGGGUAUAUAACAAAGUAUUGAGAAACUUUUGUUAUUGACCAAAUACUUAUUUUCCACCAUAAUAUGCAAAUAAAUUAAUUAAAAAUCAUACAAUGUGAUUUUCUGGAAAUUUUUUCUAAUUUUGUCUGUCAUAGUUGACGUGUACCUAUGAUGAAAAUUACAGGCCUCUCUCAUAUUUUUAAGUGGGAGAACUUGCACAAUUGGUGGCUGACUAAAUACUUUUUUCCCCCACUGUAGGUAGCUGCUAGUAACUGUUUAUUACUAUAGCUUUAUAGUAGUUGUUAUGAUGAGUUUCUGGUAUUGAGAAGUUCAAGAUGCAAGAAUUUACUUAGACAUUCUGUGGAGAUUUUACCAAGUAUUUAUUUGAUCACAAGCCCGUGGUUUCAUCUAACAAACGGACAUAGCCUUACCCCAUUGUCAGUUGAACUGCCCACAUACACAAAUCUCACAUCUUUUAUACUCUUGGUUACCAUUCCUUCAACCACAUCUGGCCAUCGUCAAUGAGCACUACCCCUUCUAUGUCAUGGCCUCUUACCCCCAAGCAGGACGUUCCCUCCGUACAUCAUUCUAAUAUAAACCCCACUAUCUUCCUUUUGGACAGAUUGGAAUUUACUACCCCAGACUUAGAGUCACCCAGAACCACUCAUCCAUACUAACUUUAACAUAGUUACACACACUCAUAUGAAAUGGCCUCAUACCCUCAUCAUAUUAGCAGUCUAUAGUAAUAGACAGCUAUAGUAAUAAACAGCUUUAGUAAUAAACAGCUGUAGUGUGAGGUAGAACCUUCAGAAUAAGCUGGCCUGUGGCUUGCUGACACUUAUCUCCUGUUUGAGAGACAAGGCAACCUCCAGAGUAUUCCAAACAGAGAACUUUAUUGACAUAAUGCUGCGCGGAUGGGAACGGUCUAAAACAGGAAUAGAAACAGGAAUGGAUAUGUGAUAAGCAUGAUACACAAACAUGAUAGCAGAGAAGAGUACCACUGAAUAUAAACACUAUGAAUGGACUGUUGCUAUAGUAACUAGACUAUAUUUAGGUGAUAAUGACAGAGAAGCCGGUGUUUGAAGGAUAUAUUGGCACGGGUGUUGUUAGGGCAAACCAUUCCAAUAUAUCCUCCAAACACCAGCUUCGAGGGCAUUAUCACUUUUAUACAACGGGUUACCAACAUAUUCAAAUAAUUAUAUACAUAUUUUCAUUAAAAACGUUAUUUUGAUGAAUUUAUUCAUGCUAUUUCAUCCUUCCACAAGAUAUAGUUCCGACACAAAUCUUGGGUUGCUACCCUAGCCGGCUGGUCAUUCGUUCUAUCAGUUCGGUUGCCAGAGAUGUGACCCAGUCGUUCAGUCUUUUUGUUCUGUAUCUAUGGACGUGACCCAGUAGUUCAUUCUAAAUGUUCCAUUGCCAUAUUGGCUGGCAACGUUCUUAUCCCUUGCCUGCUAGCGAACUACGGCUAACUUACAGUCACGUCAAACAGUGCACCCAGAAUAACAGUAAAGUAGCCACAUUUGCAUUUGUUUAAGCUGUUUUCUUGUGACAUUUAUUUGGAUACAUCCAUAACAAUGAGCUAAUGAGGUGCGAUUUCACCUGGCAUAGAAAAUGUGCUCUCUUGUCAGGACACUGUUGUUCAGAGGAGCUAGCCAACAACACAGUUAACACAAUCAAUUCAAACUGAAGCUGGAAAGACUACAAACUAGCUGCACUUCAUUUCAUUUUACCUUUUUUCAAUUGACAUUUCUUAGUAUAUAUCCAUAAUAAUGGUGCCAGGUGAUUCAUGAUUUCGACUGGCUGAGAAACGCUGCCUGCCUGUCUGUCUCGUCCCGACUCCUGACAUGUUCAUUACUAUGGGACAGCUGGAGAUCAAAUUUAAAUAUCGAAACAAUGUUGCAAAUGUCGGAUAGACAGACAGCAAGAUUUAUACAAAUGUCUGCUGUUGAAAACUUGUUUGUCUAAAAGUAAUGUGAGAUAUUGUCUAGAUGCUUUUUAUAUUGGAGAUCAAGUUUAUAAAUUGCUUGACUGGGCUGAUGAGACAGUGGAUUGCGCAGUCAGAUGGAACAGAGUAAAUAUGCAUUUUAAUGUCAUAGAUUUAGCCCCUCCCCCCUAAUGUAUAACCUAAUUUGUUGAAUAGGGUUGUUCAAAAGGUAAUAAAAACUGGUGCAUAUAUUUGUGUCCGCCCCGUCUCAUAGAGGAAGAUAAUAGGAAAGAAGGAGACAUUCAUAUUGUUGGGAGAGGAAAGGGAGGAUAGCAAAGAAGAGGAGGACCGGGGA